GCAAGAGAACCGACAAGCCUUGAAGAGAGGCGCUCUGAUAUUGGAGACAGACAUAUACAUGCUAGAUAGAUAGAUAUAGAGAAAAAAACAAUUAAAUCACGGAAAAACCGCGAGCAACCUUCAGCACUUGAGAAAACAGUAAACCUCCUGUUACGAAACCAGAAUGCAACCCAGUGUUCUUCUCAGCUUCCUGAUCGCGACAGUCACCUUCACAGUAAGAUGCUCCCCUGUCGGGUCAGAACAGGUCCAGUCGGGGGAGGAUGAGCGGAAGCAUCCUGACUCUGUUGAGAUCCACUCUGAGCGGCGGGGGAAGGUCCUGAGAAUCCUGACAGCGCUGGAAGAGAGUCGGAAAAGUGAGAGUGUGAGCAGCAAACUGAGCACCCAGAUCACCGGAGCCCGGGCUAAUACAAGGACUCUGGGGAGAAGGGCUAAAACGUUCUCUGAAGAGUCUCAGGUAGCUCCCACCCCUUCCUCUCAAGACGAGGGCAGCUUGCUUGAGUUCAAUGACGAGCUCUCCGACCCCCGCUAUCUGGGAGGGAGAAGCUUCAAGAAAUCUGUCCCGCCUCCAGCGAAGAAGCCGAAAAAGAGAGCAUGUUUCUGGAAGUACUGUGUGCAGAACUGACCUUUAACGCUUGACCCCUCGACUGAACCUCUCCGGUGACCUCCUAACCCAGCGCACACCGACGAUGACAACGAUGACGAACACUUCAAGGAAGAAAGUGAAGAAGCUUUACACUAACCCACUGACGCCGACCAUAAUCACAUAGAACCUUAUGUGAAUCACGACUUGUGUACCGGCUGUGUGCAUUAAGAGCAGAAUAAUAUACAGCACAGUAAAUAAAUGUUAAGGCAUGAAAUAAUAAAACUGAAUUUUAUUUUUGUACAAACUGGGGUGUUCCCUGAAUUCCGUAGACAUGGUUUCUGGGGUUACACUGUGUUAUCAUACAGAGUUAUAAGGAGGCUGCCCUUUACAGAAAGGAAAAGAGUUGUGCUCUUCUCUGUUUUCUGUGAAAGAAACACAAAGGAGACGCGGCCCACCCCUAUGGAGACGCAGUGAAAUCCAGGCCCAUAAACCAGAGUCCGGGCAAUAAACAGUGUACCGUGAGUCCAGGCAGCUGUCAAUCCUCCUGUUGCCAUGCCAACUGGGCAAUUAAUGAGCAAACGACUUCCAGCAAACGAGAGGACUAAAAUAACUCGCCCUGGUGGGAAAAACUAAUAGAAAUCAAGAGUUUCCAUUCAGCUCAGGUCACACUGUGGAUGAACACCAAAACAUACAGAGGUUGGUCAACAAAAGAAAUAGAAAUAAUGUUCUACAGGGUGCAGGGCCGCCAUGGGCACGGGUCUGCGAGGUGUUUAACAUGGGGCCGUUCCUGAACGAGGGCGUUUCAGUUCACUCUAGGACCGGGCAGCUCUUGAAAGUUUCCAGCAGAAAGCAACCAG